AUGACAAGCAGUUACAAUUUUCAAGAAAAAAAAAGAUUAGGGAAUCUCUUAAUUGAAUUAGAAAGAAAAAUUAUAAAUAAAGAAAAUGAAUUUCAAAAUACUUCUAAAAGAUGUGAAGCCGAGAGAAAUAAUUAUGAAUUAAAGUACAAUGAUUUGCUGGUGAAACAAAAGAAACUUUCAGAAAGUGGUGAUAUUCAGAAUCAAUUGAAAAUUGAAAAUCAAUAUCGCGAUGAACUAAAAACUUUAAUGAGAAACAUUGAAGAAAAAGAAAAUGUUUUAAAAAAAUUAGAAAAUGAAAAAAAGAAAUUGAAUGAACAGGAUAAAUCGUAUUUUGUAGAGAAAUCAAAAAUUGCAAAAGAAAUCACCGGCAUUAAAUGGAAUCAACAAACUAAACAAAUUCAAGGAUUAAUUAAAAAUAGCAAAAAUUCAUACUUGAAGUUUUUUUCAAUAAAGAAUGAUGGAAACUCGUAUGUUACUGAGAAAUUAUACAAAGAAAUUCAGAAAUCUGCAACUAAGUGGGAUGAUUUUGUUAAUGAAGCAUGA